CUCUCUCUCACACACACACGGACGCCCCCCAUUCAUGAGGACAAAUCCCCAUUCAGUUCACGGAGUCAGAGUGGAUACAAAAAGAUGCCAGGAGCGAAGGAGAGCCGCAGAGGAGCCAAACGGAGACGGGAUCCGAAAGAGAUCUUUGUGUGCGCGUCUUUGUGAGCUGCAUCUACGAAAGCAUUAUCAGAGCUCCUCCAUCCGUCCUCGAGGCGUUUCCUUCACUGUGAAUAAAAGCAGACAUGACGACCCUGGACAGCUGUUGUCGAGUUUGCAGCAGACUUUUCUUUAGCUGCCGCUUGAAGAAGCCAAGUGACGGCAUGAAAAAUCGUACGUGCUGCUGGUUCACGGUUGUCAGUGUUGGGGCCCUGCUUUCCCUCUUUGCGAUGUACAGUUGUCUCAUCAUCUACAACGACAGAGACAAUGUUAAUUGGAUGACAUUUUCCAUGGUCCGCAAGCACAUCAACUUCUUCAUGGUGGCAAUGAUCAUUUUUGCCGUGUUUGCCAGCUACUGCGUCCUGCUGCUGCUCUUUGCACUGGUCCAAGUUGCCUUAAGGGAGAAACUUCACUUACACUGGCUCCACGUGAUCUUCAUUUGUUUGGGUGUGAUAAUCAUCUCUGCUUGGAUUGUAACAAUGGCCUACUAUGAACGUUUGAUCGUGACUCUUUCAUUGCAGUAUAUGGCUCCUUUCUUACAGUUUGGUGCUGUCGGCGCUUUGACUUUGCUGAGCUGGUUUGUCUUCCGGGCCUACCAGGAGGCCAAGAAAGAAUCAAAGUUCCUGAUUGCAGCAGUGUUCCUUGUUGUGUCAGCAUUCAUCUUUCUUUGUCCCCUGCUCAUCAGCUCGCCCUGUUUGAUGGAAAUAAAGGAUUUAAAAAAAUAUUUACCUAGACCGAAGCUCUACGGCCACAGAGGAGCACCAAUGCUGGCCCCAGAGAACACCAUGAUGUCGUUUGAAAGGGGUGCAAAUGAGUGCAACUUGGCGGCGUUUGAGACAGACGUGCAGGUCAGUAAAGACGGAAUUCCCUUUCUAAUGCACGACCAUAAGGGCCAUUUCCUCAAAAGAACAACGAACGUUGAAGAAGAAUACACCUGCAGCAAGAACCUGAGCUUUGACAAGCUGAAGACUCUAAACGCAGGGAAAUUGUUUGUAGAGGUAGAUCCUUUUCGCACAGUGCACCUGCUGACAGGAGACCAGAAAAAGGAAGCGGAAAACCAGCACAUACCAUCACUGAAAGAACUUCUUAACCUUACCAAAAAGUAUAAUAUACCAGUUAUGUUUGACUUGUAUGGUUCUACAGACUGUGAUAACACCAAUGACACAGUGCGCACUGUGGAAACCAUUAAGGAGUCUAACGUCAACUCAACACUGAUCUACUGGCUUCAUAAAAAUGAAAGUGAACAUGUGAAGACUAUUACUUCAGACUUCAUCCAGGUUUACAAUGACAAGAAGAUAUGUGAGAAAAAACCCGGGUGUCGCCUUAACCUGGAAUACAGCCAUCUGACUAUGGAUGAAAUCAGGGAACUGCGGAAGGACGACGUUAACGUGAACCUGUACGUGGUGAAUGAGCGCUGGCUGUUCUCCCUGCUGUGGUGCGCAAAUGUCAGCUCUGUCACCACAAACGCCUGCCAGGACCUAAACCGCAUGGAGCAGCCUGACUGGACCAUGGCGCCUUCUGCUUACAGACUAGCAUGGAUUUUGGCAGAUGCUCUGUCCAUUUUGUUGAUGAUUGGUCUCUUUUUCUGUCAGCGUUCCUGUCACAGAAGAAGUGACGUGAAUGUGCUACAUCGGAUACCGUUACUACGUAUAAAUAGCAACUAAUCGACUGCCCGAUUUUCAUGUUUUAUUAAGUACCCUAAUAUAACAUAAUUAAACCUAAGCAGUAUUCUCAGAUUAGAAUUUUUGUGAACAUUGUCCCUUCAAUUGUGGCUGAAAUUUGGACAAUAAAUCACUCCUUUAGUUUGAACUUCGACAGACUGUCAGCAGGCACAAAGCUGUCUUGGAUACUUUCAUCAGGAAGAAAUUAAAAUGUCAUCGCUAUACAGUUUUCAUAUAUAUAUAUAUAU